AACGCAACACAAAUAAUAUUCAACAAUAGUUUAAAUUGUUGAAAAUUCCGAAAAGUACUCGAUGCAUAAUCAAUUAAUUAUACUAUAACGAAAAGAAACGGAAAUCGGCAUAGAUAGUCCUUAUAAAAUGCCGAAAACCGGCGAAAAGGUAAAAGUAAGCGUGAAGGAUCGUGUUCAGGAGGACCACUGCGACCUGAGUCUCUCGGAGCUGAGCGAAAUACCGGUCAAAGAAAUUGCUUCGUUCAAGCGAGUCACCGUUUUGGAUGUGUCCAGCAACCGCUUGACUAACCUGGGACGCCACUUCCCCAUACUCACUCAGCUGGUAAGGCUCGAUCUAAGCAAGAACCAAAUACGCUAUCUGCCCGAAGAUUUCGGAUUGCUGGUGAAUUUGCGCCAUCUGGACCUCUACAACAAUUGCCUGGAGCACUUGCCAAUGAGCUUUUCCCAACUUCGUCGACUGCGAUAUUUGGACCUGAAGACCAAUCCGUUAAUACCCGCCUGGGUGAAGAUUGUGGGUCCGUGCUCCACGAUGAAGGAGUGCCAAGAGGCGGCCAAGAACUGUGUCAGCGUCUGCGCCAACUUGAAGCCCGAAAUCGAACGCGACCGUCUGGCCCAGGUCUCCCAAGAGCGUGAACAGAGUGCUGACAAAAUGUCUGCCGGAGGGGAUGGGUCCACCAGUUCCUUGGCCAAUGGCGCCGGAGCAGGGGCCAAGAAGUCGACCAAACCAAAUAACAAGAAAGCAAAAUUGAAGAAAUUGGCCGAAGCCGCGGAGAAAGACUUAACAUUCAAGCCAGUAAAUGCUGUGGGAGCAGGGAAUGGGGCAAAAUCUGCCAGUCAGAAGAUCAAUCAAAAGAAGAAAUCGACCAACAGCACCUCCUGGCUAAAUAUGCUCCAAAAGGUUGCCCUGUCCACACUGGUUACCUUCAUGGUGCUCGUUGUUAUCAAUAUACUCCUCAUCUACAUGCUUAUGUUCAAGAAUCCGGAGAUAUCUGAAAAACUGGUGGAGUAUAUACCGCACCAGUAUCGGGACUGGAUAGUGACCAAGACGGAUCUCUUUCGUUUACGUGUCACCGACUGGAUCUCCGAGUUCCGCACCCCACCGGAGGAGCACUGACGGUUCAUUUAUUUGAAGCCAUAGAGCGCUGGGGCUUCAAAUAAAACGAAUCUCUGAUAAAUACAAAAAUUCGGAUGCAAGCGCUGGAGAAAUCGGAAAUGUGUAGACCACCUGAACGAGUUAUACGACUGCGACUUUUAUAUAUCCCAAUGUAUUGUGUAUACUGCCAUAUACCCCCGUACUUUGCUAGAAAUUAAACAUUUACGUCCAUGGACAAGGAAUUUUUAGCACAGCCCUCACAUCACACACAAGCACUGAAACUCAACUAAUAUACCAUCAAACUACAGUCAAUCAAUCAACAAAACUGAACUGGACUCAAGUCAAUUCAAGUCACAGAUAAAACCUAACAAUAACUCUUAAACUCAAACUCAAUAGUAACUGAAACGCAGUUCCAAACUGUGGACACACAUAGAAACUACAGACACAGUCAGACCAGAGACCCUCAUAUCUAUAUACCUACCCAUACAGCUCUGCCACAGAUCACGGAUCAGAUCAGCAAACACAUACCAUACAUAAAUACAACGAUAUUCUGUAAGAAUUUCCCGUGCAAUCCUCAGCUUGUCUGAAAUUCAGCUCAAAUUGUAUUAUUACAUAUUCCACUCUAACUGA